AUGAGGAGAGGAAGCAAUGAGAAUCAACAGAAGCACAAGUCCUCACGACAAGAUCGCGGCGGAGAUAAGUCAUCAGACACAACCUAUAUCCCUUGGGAUAUUGUAACGGUCGAUAUACUCUCGAGACUCCCGUUGAAGUCAGUUGCGAGGUUCCGUUGUGUAUCGAAGCUAUGGUCAUCUCUUAUCAACGAAUGGAUCAAGACUCGGGCUACGACUCAGCCGCGCCUACUCGCCAUCAUGCUCCAGUCUUCAUCUUUCUCCUCGUAUACUUAUCCUCUAAGCUCCAACAACAAAGCAUUCAUACCCGCAGACAAAGGGAGCCAUACAUCAUCAACUAGUGGGUUAAUCAUGUCUCGAUAUGUCCACGGAUUAAUCUGUUGUUGGUCAAACUCGGAUCGGUUUAGGAUUUACAACCCUACCAGUGGACAAUCCGUUUUAUUACCAAAGAUCAAAUACGAUGGAUUGAGAAACUUGGUUAAUGGAUUCUUUGAGACCAACUUGAUGAAUGGUUUCUUUGGGUAUGAUCCAGUAGAGAAUCAAUACAAAGUGUUGUGCUUCACUAGACCAUAUUGGGAGUGUUCUUGUCAAGUUUUCACAUUGGGGGGUCCAAAGAAACUAGAGCAAUGGAGAAGCAUUAUCACAGACAAUUUCUUACGACCUGACGACGACAUUUUGGCUGCACCAUGGGAACAUAGUACUAGUGUAUGCAUCAAUGGGUUUAUCUAUUACACAGGAAGGAUUAUCAUAAGUGCAUUAGGGAGGUUCGACGUUAGAUUCGAGAGAUUUGAUCGUAUCCAGAUGCCACCAGACACUCGGAUCAUGAAUCAGUUUUGGGAUUCGACAUUGGUAAACUAUCAAGGGAAAUUAGGAUGCGUGCGUUACAAGACUAACGGUAGUGCUGAGAUGUGGAUCAUGGAAGAAGAUGAUCAUUUGAAGAAACAAGAAUGGUCGAAGAUUGCAUUGUUCAUGAUGCCUCUGGAUCUAGCAAAUACGUUUCGUUAUAUGACUAUUAUCACAGGUGUCACUCGUGAUGGUGAGAUUGUGAUAACGCCCAAGACAUUGCGUUCUGAUGAAUCGUUAUACGCAUACUUUUGUGACCCGAUGCAAUACAAGACUAGAAGAGUUGAAUUCGAACGCCCCUUGAGCUGGGGGAGCCAAAGUACAAUCUUUAGUGUCCCGGAUCACAUGGAGAUUACUACUACUAUGUCAUUGUUCGGGAAUCAAUUUAAGAAGAAUCCAGAGACUACACUGGGGAUCAUGUACGAUGCUGUUUUUUCCGGCGACAAUUGUUUCUUGUGUCCCAAGAAACUAUUAUAUUGGUUAUACCCAUUUUUUGUGCGGCGCUGA